AUGACACAGGAGAUCGGCUCCUCUUAUGUUCGGUCCCGGCGAUCUGGGGACUCAGUAGGUUCGGUCUGGGGACCUCCGAACGGCGGGCCGGGCCGCCCUCGAUAUCGAUUCCGGGGACAGGUGAGAGAGGGAGAAGAGGUCGAGCGAGCUCCUUCUGACGAGCAUGGUAGAUACAACGAGAUGGCUGUGACCGAGUACGUGGAUGAGAUCUACUCCAACCUGCGCAUGAAGGAGACGGAGCUCGCGCCACCGGUGAACUACAUGACGCAACAGGACGACAUCAACGAGAAGAUGCGCGCGAUUCUGAUCGACUGGCUGGUGGAGGUUCACCUCAAGUUCAAGCUCAGGCACGAGACUCUCUUCCUCACCGUCAACAUCCUCGAUCGCUUCCUGGCCGUGCAGAAGGUCAACCGCCAGCGGCUCCAACUCGUCGGAGUGGUCUCGCUCAUGAUCGCAGCCAAGUACGAGGAGAUCUACCCCCCCGAGGUGCGCGACUACGUCUACAUCUGCGACAACGCCUACUCCCGCGAGCAGAUCAUCCAGAUGGAGCAAACGAUCCUCGCGAAGCUCAACUUCCGCCUCACGGUCCCCACCCCGAGGAGCUUCCUCAAGAGGUUCUGCAAGGCUGCCCAAGGCGACUCCAGGCUCCUCCUCCUCAUCUCCUACCUGUUGGAGCUCUCGCUCGUCGACUACAGCUUCCUCAAGUACAAGCCCUCCCUCCUCUGCGCGGCUGCCACCUCCCUCUCCCUCCAGCUCACCAACAGACCUGCCUGGAGCCCAACGCUGGCGAAGCACACGAGGUAUGUGGAGGCAGACCUGCUGAAGGCAACGGAGGAUCUCAAGGCCCUCCAUGCCGCCGCAUCGUCGGGUCAGCACAAGGCCGUGCACAAGAAGUACUCGUCCAGCAGGUUUCACUCGGUCGCGAGCAUCGGGUCCUCGUGA